AUGCAAGCGAUCGCGGCAAAGUCUGUAAAGAAUGACCAAGCCAGAUACACGUAUUCGUAUAAAUGCGAGGCAAGAGCUUUCGUCGACACCCUCGCCACCAACGAGUUCUUUAAGUCAAGACCUCUUGGCGAGAUGAAGAGAGUGAUCGACCUCUUAUCCGAUCCAUUCUGCGAACUUUUUUCGCUGUUAAUAAUCAACUACGACCUCAUUGAUGUAAUAGACGGCCGCUGUUGGCCCAUCAGCCGGCGGGACUUUGUUGACGGUGCCAUUGAGGAGCAACAGGUGGGAAAGAUCUCACCGAGAGCAUUUUGUUCCUUCGACUCUGCAAGAGAUCCUGACCCAAAGUACUCUCGAGAAGUCUUAGAGAACAGCCUAAGCCCGCAAGAGGUGGCGACGUUCUGUGGCGAUUUACUAAAUCUGCUUCUCUACAAUAAAAAAAAAAAACAAAAA